AUGCCCUCCUUUGCCAUCCGGCAAGAGAUUCAGAUGCGCUUCAACGUCGACCGCAGGCACAUAUACGACUGGUUCCAUAGCAAGGGUCUCCGCGUCACCAAAGAGGACAAGCGUGCCACUGUCGAGCAAAAGACGGAUGCGAUGCGCAUGCAUGUGAGCUCUUCCAAAACGUAA